AUGGCGCAGCAGAAUCCGCCGCCGCCACCGGUGGCGCUGCCGGCUUCCCCUCUUCCUUACCCUAUCCCUCCGUUCGAUGACUUCCCCCAGAUCCCCACCUUCCUCCUUGAGCAGCCUGUUCCCGACGACAGCAGCCCUAGCUUCACCCACUCCAAUCCCUACUCCGUCCAUCACCACCUCAACCCUAACCUCCCCCUGCUCGUCCCCUUCCCUCAGAAGCGGAAGCGCACCGGCGUUCGCCGCCGUCCCGCGGCUCCUCCGCUGCCGCCGCAGCUUCCCAAUCUGGUCUCUCCUCCUGCUUCGGCGCUGCAAUCCCAGUCCCUGGGACCCAACCGGGAGACGGACAUCUCCGAGGAGAUCAUCGUGAUAAACAAGGAGGCGACAGGGGAGGCCCUCAUCGCCCUCUCUGCAGGGUUCCCUGCGGACUCUCUGACCGAGGAGGAGAUCGACGCAGGCGUCGUCGCCGCCAUCGGUGGGAUCGAGCAGGUGAACUACAUCCUGAUCCGUAACCACAUCUUAGCGCGAUGGCGGAUGAAUGUCUCCGGUUGGCUCACCAAGGAAACCUUCGUCAACCUAAUCCCGCCACACUGCCACUCCCUCCUGAACUCGGCCUACAAUUUCCUGGUGGCGCACGGCUACGUGAACUUCGGGGUCGCUCAGGCCAUCAAGGAGAAGAUCCCUCCUGAGCCUAGCCAGCCGAGCGUGGUGAUUGUGGGCGCUGGUCUAGCGGGACUGGCAGCCGCAAGGCAGCUGCUACGCUUUGGAUUCCGAGUGGUGAUCUUGGAAGGCAGGAAGAGAUGCGGUGGCAGAGUCUACACCAAGAAGAUGGAGGGAUCCAACAAAUCUGCUGCCGCAGACCUGGGAGGGAGCGUCUUGACGGGCACCUUGGGGAAUCCUCUCGGGAUCAUAGCCAGGCAAUUGGGUUCUUCGAUGCACAAGGUUAGGGACAAGUGCCCCCUCUACAGGCCCGACGGCAGCCCCGUCGAUCCAGACACGGACAUGAAGGUGGAGAACGCAUUCAAUCGUCUUCUGGACAAGGCCAGCAGAUUGAGGCAGCUGAUGGGCGAGGUCUCCAUGGAUGUAUCCCUCGGCGCUGCUCUGGAGACCUUCAGAGAAGUCUACGGGGACGCAGUGAACGAGGAGGAGAUGAACCUCUUCAACUGGCACCUGGCCAACCUGGAAUAUGCCAAUGCCGGGUUGCUGUCGAAGCUCUCUCUGGCCUUCUGGGACCAGGACGACCCCUACGACAUGGGUGGAGAUCACUGUUUCCUGCCCGGGGGGAAUGGGAGGCUGGUGCAGGCCCUGGCCGAGAAUCUUCCUAUUUUUUACGAGAAGACAGUCCACACAAUCCGCUACGGUCCCGAUGGUGUGCAGGUCAUUGCCGGGGGCCAAGUAUAUGAAGGGGACAUGGUGCUUUGCACCGUGCCCCUUGGGGUUUUGAAGAGUGGAGCGAUCAAAUUCGUCCCUGAGCUGCCCCAGAGGAAGCUGGAUGGGAUAAAGAGGCUGGGGUUUGGCCUGCUGAAUAAGGUCGCCAUGCUCUUCCCUCGUGUGUUUUGGAGCACAGAUCUCGACACCUUUGGCCAUCUCUCUGAUGACCCGAGUCGGCGCGGCGAGUUCUUCCUGUUCUACAGCUAUGCAACUGUGGCCGGCGGACCUCUCCUGAUAGCCCUCGUCGCUGGAGAGGCUGCCCACAGCUUUGAGACCAUGCCCCCAACCGAUGCUGUGACUCUAGUUCUUCAAAUCCUCCGGGGUAUGUUCUGAUACUCUCCUCUUUCCGAAAUUCUAUGUUUUUCCCUUCAUAAAGUUGCUGGGUACAUGAUCAAUUAAAUAACCAUCACUUUAUUGAUUGUCAUAUGAAUUUGCUGAGCCAGACGGAUAUCAUUGACUGUUCUCUGAGACUGCGGCCUGGGAUACUCUCAUCGACUCCAUUCAGUCUCUUAACAAUCAUCAUCAAAUUAUUUUAUAGUGGAAUGUACUUAAAUGAGAAAGGUUUCCUUUGCUUCCUUCACCGUUGAUGACCCGUUAGAUUAAUCCUUCGUUGAACUGAUUCUCACAGGUAUCUUCGAACCUCAAGGGAUCGAUGUGCCCGACCCCAUCCAAACUGUCUGCACCAGAUGGGGCACUGACUCCUUCAGCCUGGGCUCAUAUUCUCACGUCGCAGUGGGAGCUUCUGGAGAUGACUACGAUAUACUGGCAGAGACUGUGGGCGACGGGCGACUCUUCUUUGCUGGGGAGGCGACCACGAGGCGGUACCCUGCGACCAUGCACGGAGCUUUCAUGACCGGGCUAAGAGAGGCCGCUAACAUGGCGCACCACGCGAAUGCCCGGGCAUUGAGAUUGAAGGUGGAGAGGAGCCCAUCAAAGAACACCCAGCUCUGCGCCUCCUUGCUGGCUGACUUGUUCAGGGAGCCCGAUUUAGAAUUUGGCGGCUUCUCUGUGAUUCUUGAUCGGAAGACCAACGAUCCCAAGUCAACGGUGAUUGUGAGGGUGACCCUUGGUGGCGCCCGGAAAAGGGGCGCCGCCGAAGGGGCCAAGGCCGACCAGCAGCACUCGAAUAAGCCCUUAUUUCAGCAACUGCAGUCACACUACAACCAACAGCAGCAGAUUCAUGUUUACACUUUAUUGUCCCGCCAGCAAGCUCUCGACUUGAGGGAGGUGAGAGGGGGGGACGAGAUGAGGUUGCAUUAUCUCUGUGAGAAGCUUGGGGUGAAGCUAGUCGGUAGAAAGGGCUUGGGAUCCGUUGCCGACUCUGUCAUCGCCUCAAUCAAGACUGAGAGGGGCAAUCGGAGAUCUGGGUCUUCUUCCCUGUCGCUGAAGAUUGGUGGGUAA